AUGAGCAACCCCCCACAAGACGGCCUAACGCCCAAGGCUAAGUACAAGAAAUCAAACAAGAACAAUGACUACCAGUCGCUCAACAACGACGUCUCGCAGCGAUUCGAGACUCAGAUUAAGAACUCUAGAAAGCUUAACGGAAGCUCCCGCAAAAAUCAGAUCUCCAUCAACCAUUUGAUGGAGUUUCAACUGUAUCGGGAUCUGCCUGAGUACCAUCAGCAACAUCACACUCCUCGCCGCAACUCCAACAACAACACCCGCAACAGACGUCCGAGGUUGUAUUUGCAUGGCAUGCGCUUCAUCAACGUCAACUACAAGUUUGUAGUGGACUAUCGCAAGCCAUACAAGACCCAACAGAUGGAUCCGAAUGUGCCUGUGGAUACCGAGGAUAUUCUUCAGAUUUUGGUGCCCAGAGGCAACGCAUGUCCCAUUUGUCUCUCUGAGGACUUGGUUGCUCCUCGAAUGAUCACUUCAUGCGGCCACAUCUUGUGUUUGACGUGCCUUUUAUCUCUUUUGGAGAGCGAAGUGCCGGUCCACAAGAAACAAGAGAGUAAAGUCAUCGUGGAGAAAUACAGAGACUGUCCUUUAUGCGGAUCAAUCAUCAGAAAGCAUGAUGUGAAACCUGUUCAGAUAGACAAUGUUGAUGAACGGUUCGAGGUCCCCAAAAUCAACGACGAGGUGGUUUUAACUCUCAUGACUCGAAAGUCCGAUAAAAUCGUACCUUUGCCUAGCCAUUUAGAACACUAUGGCAAUGCAAUUGAUGUGUUUCCUUGGGCAUCGCAGCAUGAGCCAAAUCUACUGGAAUAUCUGAGGUUCUUUAAAGGAGAUUUGAGCUAUGUGGUAGCCAUGCACGAGAAAGAGAAAAAGGAUAUUCUUGCAGCCUACGAGUUGGAUAAAGAACUUUACCAGGAUGACGGAACGUUCAUGAAACUUGCCUUGAAGAACAUUGAUGAGGACAUUUCCAAAUGGUCGCAGAAGUUCAGCGAAGAUUUAUCACCACACUAUCGUCCGGCUGAUCGUGGCAAUUCGUCUAACAGCUCACACACCCUCUACUACUAUCAAAGUGGGUUCAAGUCAUCAACGACGUACGUGCUUUCUCCGUUGGAUAUGAAAGUGCUCAAGUCCUGCUAUAAUCAGGACUACGCUCUGUUACCAAGUUCUGUAAUUGCCAGAGUGGAAAACAUUAGGUUUGAAGAGCUCACGGCAGAGACAGCGACUACGAAGUACAAAUUUUUGUCACACUUGCCACAGGGUACAUCUAUUGGUUUUAUGGAGUGCAACUGGAAGAACAAUGAAUAUAUCACUCAGGAAACUUGGGACACAUUCAAGGCUGACCUUGAAAAGAGAUCGAAGCAGUCGCAGAAGAGACUAAGGAUAGAAGAGAAGAACCGCAGAAGAGCACUUAAUGAGGAAGAGAAGAGAGCACGCGAGUUCAUUGAAAGAGAAAACAACGGAACCAAUGACGAAUACCACAAUUACGAUCACGACUGGAUGCCAGCUGCAUCGUUCGGAAGCUUGACAAUCUCAGACCACCGCGAUAUGCCAGCAUUGGCCAGUGGAAAUACGCAAACGUCUGCAAGUACCAACGAUCAGAGCUCGGAAGAGCGUCCUGCCAUGCAGAAGACCGUUUGGGGAACGCAAAUCCCAAAGUCUGAAAUCAAGAGUCUUGAUGAAGAGGACGGCCAGGACUGGGAUGCCGAGGAAAUGAUUAGAAGAGCCCGCGAAGAGAUGGAGCGGAGCGAAGCGCAAAAUGGACCAGGCAAGAAAAAGAAAAAGAAGAAGAUUGUCUUGCUUUCGUCUGGCUCGGCUUGGACUUGA